AUGUUUGCUCCAGAAGAAGUCUAUGAUUUGCUAAAGCACCAGGAACACGCAUUUAAGCGAAUUGAGAUGAUCAAUCCAACAGCCGAUCUUUAUGAAACAGUUUGGACACCACCAAAUGAACAAUCAACCGAAUGCAUUCUCAGGAAAACAUUAUUUCUUCACAUUCUCAUACACACCGAAGACAGCUUGACUGAUUGA